GGUGUCACACAAAAACAUUCCCCCGCGACACGCUAAUUCUAAGUACUAAAAGCCACAGAUUCACUAAGUUUUGGCUUUUAAUCAAUAAAAAAUAAUAUAACACUUUAAUUCCCUAAGAUGUCUGACACGGGUGGUGAGUGGCAGGUUGCACGUCGACGGAAAGGCGUAUCCAGGAAUUUGAAGCCAUUGCAAAUGUCUUUAGCACACUGCAAUGAGCCACUUGAUGUUGGGAAAACUCUUAAAAGGAUAAGGGAAACAGUGGCUGAAAUGAGAUAUGAAAGCUUUUGGAAAGAAUGGAAAGAGCAGAUGCUGGUGGCAGCAUCAUUCAACCAAAAAGACACGGAGGUCUCAUCAGGCCAGCUGCAAGAGACUUCAUACCCCAAAAUAUGUCCACUGGAGUGUGUGUGUUAUGGCCUGGGCACCUUUUCCACAUGCGUUUCCGCUCGGUACCAGCUUGCCGUUAUGCUCCUGCUCCUGGAUGCGGCAAAGAUUCCAUUAAAAGACUGUUUUGUUUAUGACCCCGCAUUCUCCUCUGGAGAAAAAGAUGUACUCCGAGAGUUGGGUCUGACUGUGCUCACGGACAAUGAGGAGGGGAAGCGACUGGCCACCAGGCCUACGCUGUUUUACCUCGUGCAUUGUGGGAAAGCGCUGUACAACAACCUCUUGUGGAAGAACUGGGAUCCAAAAUGUCUACCACUUGUGGCGAUAAUUGGAAACAGCUUCAGUGGCAUGAGGGAGAGAAUGAUCGAGAGAGAAUUUAAGCGGGACUACGGCUACAUCAGCCAGGCAGUGACUGUGUGCGAGGAGAUGCAAUUGAGCUGUCCGUCUCAUCUGACUGACGUCUUCAGCGACACUGCACUCAUCACUUUUAAUUGGAGAAACCUCAACAGUCUCAACCAGUCUACCUGGACAGAGCCGCCUGAACCACAAUAUCAGCACUGCUCUGAUUUGGAGAUAAUACAAAGAGAAUCUCUGAAUGGAGAAAGGACAUGAACUACUUGACCAACCCUUUCAGAAGGGCAGGGUCGUGCUGAUGCCAACCUCCUGUCCCUGCUACACAGGACCAGGCCUUCAAAUCCAUUCACAAUUCAAUUCUUAAAGCUCCAAUGUCAUGAAAUGCAUGAUUUUUAGUAUGUUAUUUAUGAAAAAACAGCAGCCAGUAUGUACCCAUCAGUUUUUUUCACCACAAAACAUGAUUUUCACAAAUAUGGCUUUUUGUAACUCCCGCCAUGAAAAUCCUCUCGAAGGAUUUGUUUUCGAGAAGAAGCAGGAUGUGACGUACAGGGCAGUUGCGCACUCAAGCGGUCUCCUCUGUUUCUACUACUUUUACCUGAUGGAACGUAGCUCGUUGUUCCUUCGUGUUAGCCAAAAUGCCGGCUCGUUGUAUUGCUGGAUAUUGCUCCAACACUCGGGAGGAUGGAUUCGCCUUUUAUACUUUUCCAAAAGACCCGGUUCGUCGUGAAAAAUGGAUUGCACGGGUGCAAAGGACGAGAGCUUUGUGGGUUCCAAAUGACAGCUAGGUGUGUAUACAGCUACUAAAAAAAAUAAUAGUUGGGGGGGUGACGUAAUCUGUAAGUCAGGGGUGCUAAAUGUGUCGAUGUGCCACCCCGGCCGAAGCCGUGAUCGGCGGAUGCGGCUGCAGCAUGUAGGUGGAUCGAACGGGGAGCCAGUUUGGUCGUGGCAUCGUCGUCGGUCGGGGGCGGUGUAAUUCAUCGCCGCCGCAGAGGUGGAUCGGGCGAUCGGGGAGGUGGUUAGGCCGCAUGCGGUUCGGCCUUAAUCCGCAUAUCAUCUAAAUAUGGGUCGAAACGAUCACGUCACUCGGUUGUGAGAUGUUCUCUUCUUCGAAAAGAGCUUCCGUGUCAGAACGGGCAUGUUCGUCUCCCACAGUAGGGCCCACAGCGUGUUUUCAAUGGCGAAUGUCCUGGUGUUCCGUCACGGACAGAAGAUGCAGCCAAUAUGGCGACCACUUGGACGUCGAAUGAGACUUCUGCAACUUUGCGCACGGAUGACACGUUCUCCACUCAUUUUUUUUUUUUUUGUAUUCACAUUGAAGUGAAUAAUGUUAUAUGUAUUUUUCAUUACAAUAUCUGUUUUAGAAUGUUCAUAGCCAUGACACUUGACCUUUAAUUCAUCAUUUUAACUAGGUUUAUUACUUUGUGUCGCUUCUCUAUAUUUGUAAAUCCUUUUUGCUUGGACUUUGAAAAGAGCUGUAUGAAUAAAAUGUAUUUUGGUAAUUAUGAAUGACAAGGUGGUUAGCCUGAAAAAAUAUGCAUUAAUUGGAGACUAAAUUGCCCCUAGGUGUGACUGCGAGUGAGACUGUCGUCUGUCUCUAUGCGCCCUGUGAUUGGCUGGCAGGUUAGGGUUAGGGUUAGCCAGUUUAGGGUGUACCCCGCCUCAUGCCUGUUGACAGCUGGGAUAGUCUCCAGCACUCACGUGACACUUGUAAGGAUAAGCGGCUCAGAAAGUGGAUUGAAGCAUGGUUAAUAUGAAUAACAAGACAGUUAGCACAUCUCUCCUUGCUGUCGUGAGGAUUGGGGUUUAAAUCCCCCCCUGUUUAGACUUUGCAUGUCCUCUCUGUGGCUGUCUGGGUUUUUCCCGUGUACUCUGGUUUCCUCCCACAUCCCAAAAAACAUGCAGGGUAAAUUACCUGUAGGUGUGAAUAUGAAUGGUUAUGUGCCCUGUGAUUGGCUGGCGACCAGUUCAAGUUCCCACUCUUGGCUGAAGAUAGCUACGCCUGCGACCCUAGUGAGGAUAAGCGGAAUGGAAGGUAAAUCAAUGAUAAUUUAAAAAGUUCUCUGCCCAAAAGCAGCGCACGGAAGGAGAAUAGAUGGUUAAGUACAUGAACACUAUUAAUCCUAUGAUUACAUGCAGCUACACAGAGAACGUACAUAUUUCUUGCCAGGAAAGGGCAAUUAAGUUAAACGCCCAUUCAUGCAUUUCUGAGUAUGACGAAAUAAAUACAACUGUUAAAACUACCGGCAGCCGUUCCAGUUGCACCUCCCUUGUUGUGCGUUGGCAUUUCUGGCAUCGUGCAAGAAGGUGCGGUUUCAUCUGCGUUCCUGUUUUCUUUGACGGGAGUUGGACAAAAGAGGGUGUGUUGGCACCAGUAGAUUACAGUUGAUCGCAAAAAUUUGCCGCACAAUUUGGAGUGUGCAGUAUUUGAAAAAGAAUAGAAAAUGGACUGCAAAUUGGUGAUCUCUCCUUAUGCAUAUACAUGUUUUAUAUGUGUAUGUGGUUAAUUAAAUUCAACUAUGCUUGUCCUCAUUAGGGUCACGGGUGAGGUCAAGCCCAUCCCCACUAACUUUGGGCGGGAAGCAGGUUACACCCUGGACUGGUUCCAGAGCUAAAACCAGGACCAGGACAGAUUACCAUCGCACUCACAUUCUCAUCUCUGAGCAAUUAGAAGUCUUUCGUUAGCAUGAACUUUUGUGGGUUGUGGGAGGAAGCCAGAGAGUACCCAGAAAGAUCCCACGUAAGCACGACAAGAAGUUUGAAUACUCCGCGCGGGAAAUAAAUAAUUUUACCUCAGAAAGUGAGGCAGACGUAC